AUGGAGAUAUUCACUAGAGUUUCUUCACAAUUACCCACAACUACACUUCCACUUAAAGAACCGCAAAUGUCAGAUAGAGUCGUCCUAGGGAAAAAGUAUCCCCUUGAAGCACCUGCAACACCCGCUCACGAGUCAUCAUCUACUUCGUUCUUUACAAGUUUAUUUUCUAGAAAUACGAUACGUGAUCCGAAUUAUGUUGAUAAUAUCACUAGUGGUGAUCCAUUUUUAAAGGAUGUUGUGACGAGGUUACAUUUUACAUACAGAACCCGAUUUAAGCCUAUCAUGAAAUCGCCUGAGGGGCCAUCACCAUUAAAUUUCAGUCUUGUUAUCAGAGAGAACCCCAUUGAUGUUAUUGAGAAUGCUAUAACUAAUCCAGAUUGCUUUAACACUGAUAUUGGAUGGGGAUGUAUGAUUAGGACGGGGCAAAGUUUAUUAGGCAACACCUUACAAAUCGUUAGACUUGGCAGAGAUUUUCGAUAUGAUCCCGAGAACAAAGAUAUUAGCGAAAAUAGAAUUAUUGAAUGGUUUAUCGAUGCUCCCGAAAAGCCAUUCUCGUUACAUCAGUUCAUCACAGAAGGAAUGGAAUUAUCUGGGAAGAAUCCUGGUGAAUGGUUCGGGCCUGCUGCUACGGCAAGAAGUAUACAAAGUUUGAUUAGAAAAUUUCCUGACUGUGGUAUUGCUGAGUGUCUUGUAUCUGUUUCAUCAGGUGAUAUCUAUUCAGAUGAAGUGAAGCAGGUGUUUGCAGAUAAUAAGAAGAAUCUUCUUAUACUAUUAGGUGUUAAAUUAGGACUGAACGCAGUUAAUGAAUGUUAUUGGGAUAGUAUACGACACAUCCUAAGCUCCAAGUAUUCGGUUGGUAUAUCCGGUGGAAGACCAUCCUCCUCAUUAUAUUUCUUUGGUUAUGAAGGUGAUGAAUUGCUUUAUUUUGAUCCUCAUUCACCACAACCUUCAUUAGAAGAAAACAAUGUUUCAUAUAAGAGUUGCCAUACGAAUAAAUAUGGAAAACUUUUAAUGAAUGACAUGGACCCAUCGAUGUUGUUGGGAUUUCUUAUAAGGGGCCAAGAGGAUUGGGAAAAUUUUAAAGAAGAAGUGGAAACUUCCAAGAUUGUCAAUGUAUUUGAAGAAAGACCAUGUGAUCUCAACAUUGAUAUGAAUAUAGAGAAUAAUGACUUUGAUGUUACAAGUAUGGAUUCACAAGAUUCUGUUAAUAAAUCUAUUAAUAACGAUAGCGGUGGUGAUACUGCCGCGACUUCUAUUGAAAGAAAUGAUUAUGUUGAUGUCGGAUCUAUCUUACAGAGGUGGGGGAAUGUAUGUAACGUUAGUUCCCGGGAUGAACAAUUACAGGAUAUAAAAUGUAAGAAACAAAAAAUUGUAGUAAUGGGGAAUGCUACAUAUUUGACCAGCCAUACUGCUUUAAUUGAUUUUGAAGUGGAACGGGUCCUUGUGGAACAAGACACAAUUAGCAUAGCAAAUCCACCUGUCGGUUAG